UACAGCUUCCUAACAACCUUUGCCAUCCAUCCACUCAGGAAGAAGCGGGUUUCAUUAGCUUAGCUGUCUUAAAAAAACAAACAAAAAAAAACCCUGUGCAAAAAUGGCGUUGGGUCGUAACAUCAACCAGUUUAAUCUCAGUGAUUCCGAGGUAGAGGCUGAGCAACGCCCGAAUGACAGUGCUGACACAGAAAGAACCCCGAGCGACGGGGCGCCGGGGCCGCCGCCUGGCUCCAACCCCUUCUCCCCGUCUGCGGACGCCGAGCCGCCGGUGCUGCUGCUGCCGAGCAGCCGGACGAGCCCCAGCGGGGACAGCAGCUCAGCCGCGGCCGCUCCAGUGGUCAACGCCGAGACUCGUGUGUCGGUGGACGUUAUUGCCGCUCAGCUGUUACGGGACCAGUACAUUCUGACGGCGCUGGAGUUUCACACCGAGCUGCUGGAAGCGGGCAGAGAGCUUCCGAGGCUGAGAGAUUAUUUCUCCAAUCCGGGUAACUUCGAGCGGCAGAGCGGCACUCCGCCGGCUACCAAAGACCAGGUGCUGGGACCCGGAGGACCGCUGAAUCGAGCAGGCAGCAUCAGCACAUUGGACUCUUUGGACUUUGCACGUUACUCGGACGAUGGCAAUCGAGAAUCAGACGAGCGAGUAGCAGUGCUGGAGUUUGAGCUACGGAAAGCAAAGGAGACCAUUCAGGCUCUGCGCGCCAACUUGACUCAGGCAGCAGAGAGUGAAGUACCCUCUCAAGAGAGAAAAAACUUCAAGUCAAGUCCUGAGAUUCAGGAGCCUAUACGUCCACUGGAGAAAAGAGCCUUAAACUUCCUAGUAAAUGAGUAUUUAUUAAAGAAUGAGUACAAACUCUCAGCCAUCACCUUCUCUGAUGAAAAUGACGAUCAGGACUUUGAGUUGUGGGAUGAUGUUGGCCUCAAUAUCCCCAAACCUCCCGACCUGUUACAGCUCUACAGGAACUGUGGUACCUCACUGCCGUCACCUCGGGACACAGUCGACGUGGCAGUCGGUGUGGAUUUCUGCGACCUCCCAGGAAACUGUAUCACCCCAGAUCCCCCAAAGAAGCCUGACCUCUUAAAACAGCAGCAGACGGAGGUGGUCCAGGAGCUGGAAUACCAGAUCAGCCUUCUGAACAGCGAGAAGCUGAGCCUCGCAGAGCAGAUCAGGAAACUACAGAGUGAGAUUCAGACUCUGAAGAGGACUGUGUCGUCGCCACCUCCGACCUCUCUGGAUCUGCACCCCCAGACUCCAUUAAAAACCUCCUCGUGCACCUCCAACGCCGUCUCCACAGACCCUCUAUUAGUGUCCAUGACAGAUAACAGCCAGUACCCGGACAUGCACGGGGUUUCAGAGCCAGACAGUGACCCUCAGCCGCCCUCCACCCAGAACACAUCAUCACAGCCCCACCAUCAGUCCUAUAGCAAGCUUAAAAGUAGACCUUCAGUCCGGUUUGACCAGCCUAACAGGAAGUUAUCUCCAGCCUUCCAGCAGGCCCUGCUGUCUGUCUGCAGAAUGUGCUCCGACAGCCGCCUGGGAGCAGAGGUGUCUCGUAUAGCUGACAGUGAAGAGAGUGUGAUGUUGAUGCUGGGCCGGUGUUUGCCUCACAUCGUCCCAAACGUUCUUCUUGCCAAACGCGAGAGAAUGGUUGCACACCUGUGCCAGGAGUUGAUUCCACUCAUCUUGUGUACUGCCUGCCUUCACCCAGAACCUAAAGAGAGAGACCAGCUCCUUCACAUACUGUUUAACCUGAUCAAGAGGCCAGACGAUGAGCAGAGGCAGAUGAUCUUGACAGGGUGUGUUGCGUUUGCGAGGCACGUCGGUCCAACACGUGUUGAGGCUGAACUGCUUCCUCAGUGCUGGGAACAGAUUAACCACAAAUAUCCAGAGAGAAGACUGUUGGUGGCGGAGUCCUGUGGAGCAUUAGCACCUUACCUACCUAAGGAGAUCCGUAGCUCGUUGGUGCUGUCCAUGUUGCAGCAGAUGCUCGCUGAGGAUAAAGCCGACAUGGUCAGGGAGGCUGUGGUCAAGAGUCUGGGUAUUAUCAUGGGUUACAUGGAUGACCCAGACAAAUACCUCCAGGGUUUUGAGCUGAUGCUGUUGUCACUGGGGGACCCGUCGGAGCGGGUGGUCAGCGCAGUCCACCAAGUCUUUAUCCCUGCCUUUGCUGCCUGGACCACCGAGUUGGGCAACCUGCACAUUUCACUCAUCCCUUCUUUGCUGGCACGUAUAGAAAAAUUGCUCACUCAUGGCGAACACAGUCUGGAUGAGCACAAAUUGCACAUCUUCCUGUCGGCCUUACAGUCGCUGAUCCCACCUCUGUUUGCUGUAGUCCUGCUGAAUGCACCAUUCACCAGCCGAGCCAAACUCCACGGAGACACGCCUGCAAUAGAAGUCACCCGGUUCCGACCAGCCUCUCCCCUCCAGGACGUAGCAACAAUCAUCGGCAGCAGGCAGAUGGUGAGCGCCCUGCUGCUGCUCUACGAGCACCAGUUGGAGCACGAAGGAACCACGGGCUGGGACAGCCUCCUCUGGGUGGUCAAUCAGCUCCUUCCUCAGCUUAUAGAAAUUGUGGGUCGCAUCAACGUGACCUCAUCCACUUGUGUCCAUGAGUUCUCUCGCUUCUUCUGGAGGUUCUGCAGAACCUUCGGCAAGAUCUUCACCAACACUAAGGUACAACCACAGUUCCAAGAGAUCCUCCGACUUUCUGAGGAGAACGUGGACGCUACAACAGGAAACGGCAUUCUCACCAAAGCCACUGUCCCCAUCUAUGCCACAGGCGUGCUGACGUGUUAUAACCAGGAGGAGGAUCGGAAAUUGUUGGUGGGUUUCCUCGAGGAUGUAAUGACAACGUUGUCACUGUCCCAUGCACCUCUGGACAGCCUAAAGGCCUCCUUUGUGGAACUGGGUGCCAACCCGGUGUACCAUGAACUCUUGCUGACAGUUCUGUGGUACGUCGUCCAUACCUCAGCAUUGGUCCGGUGUACUGCAGCGAGAAUGUUUGAGCUGCUGGUGAAGGGGGUGAAUGAGACGCUGGUAGCUCAGAGAGUGGUGCCGGCUCUCAUCACACUGUCCUCCGACCCCGAAAUCUCCGUGAGGAUAUCCACUAUUCCGGCCUUCGGUACCAUCAUGGAGACUGUCACGCAAAAAGAGCUGCAGGAGCGUGUAAAAAUGCAGUUGGCAUCGUUCCUGGAAGACCCUCAGUACCAGGAUCAGCACUCUUUGCAUAUGGAGAUCAUCAGGACGUUCGGGAGGGUCGGACCCAACGCAGAGCCGCGCUUCAGAGACGAGUUUGUGCUGCCACACCUUCAUAAGCUAGCACUGGCUAACAAAGCUUUCACGCACUCAUCUGCAUGGUUCUUUUACCUGAAACGUUGUGCCCAGCACCCUGCUCCUUCAGGCUAA